ACAGAGGAGCGACUGUUGAGUGGGGCAGGACUCCGGCAGAAAUGGUGGGAGUUGCAGAAUGCUAAAGUCUCAGAGGGAAGAGCGACGCUAGUGAUCCGGCUGCGUGGAAAAAACACGGCGAUGCAAGACGAGCGCCAGACAGGCGCACAGGAGCGAGGGUACAAAACGCGGAUGGCACGAUUUUAGAGGUUUUAGCAAUACUGAUGAGAGUGGACAACCGCGCAGAGGAUCACUGGCGAUCAGGUCCCAGGGUCAACCCUGUGCAGCCAAGUGUUAGUAUGGACGGUGAUGAUCAGCAGGACAGCCCUCACAGGUGCCCUUCAGACACACGGAGGUCAUCUAAAAGCAAGGCCCCCCCUCCUCCUCCAGUCCUGCAUGGUGUGUGUGUGUCACCUCACACAGCUAUGGAUCAGAAGGAGAAUCUGUUGGAGCAGGAGCUGCUGCUGACUGUAGUGCUGCCUGAGGGAGUGGAGAAAACCACGGUUGUGCAUGGCAGUAAGCCCAUGAUGGACCUGCUGGUGAUGCUGUGUGCCAAGUACCACCUGAACCCAUCAGGCCACACCAUCGAGCUGGUUUCCACCAACAGGAACCACAUCAAAUUCAAGCCCAAUGCCCUUAUCGGAUCACUGGAGGCUGAAAAGGUUCUGCUCAAGCCCAAAGGCAUGGAGGACAAGAACAAGAAAACUGGACCACAGAUGCCAGAGGCUACAGUGCGUAUGGUAAUAAAUUAUAAGAAGACUCAAAAGACGAUCCUGCGGGUGAACCCUCGAAUCCCUCUGCAGGAGCUGCUCCCUGCUAUCUGUGAGAAAUGUGAAUUUGAGCCGCGGAGCACUGUGCUGUUGCGGAAUGUGCACUCUGAGGACCCACUGGACCUGAGCAGCUCCCUCAACGAGCUCGGGCUCAGGGAAGUUUACGCAAGAGACACGAGGGGUAUGGACAGAAACUCCUUUAUCAGUCAAGAAAGCUUCCCUCCAUCUCCAACUCAUUCAGUAGAUAUAAUUCAACCGGGAAAGGACAAACUCCAGAAAGAAAAAGAAAACAAAGGAUUAUUUGGUUUAUUUAAACGAGGAAGCAAGAAGAAACAGGAACAGUCUUCGACGGUGAGCGCUCCAGCGUCUCCAGUCCACAGGAAACAGAGGCCGGUCAGCAUGAGCGCCUUGAGCACUCACUCACCCACAUACGACUCCAACACCAUGCCCUCGGACACCCCGAAAAAGAGACGCGCCCCCCUGCCCCCUCAGAUGAUCUCAUCCCAGGGCCUGCCCUCCGACCUCAACCAGCAAACCAGCAAUGUUCAGCCAAUUACUCAGCCUGAUGGCAACCAGGUCACUGCAGCUCUGAGUCGCAGCUCUUCAACCGGAUCCUCCCUGAAGAGGAGCAAACGGAAGGCGCCGCCUCCGCCCACCUCCCCCAGCAGUCUCUCAGCAGCCCCUGAUGAAGCUCCACAGGACAGGGCUGUGACAGGGUUGCCAUCAGCUCUGGAGGAGAUCCAGGAAAAAGAGGAGACGCCUAUGACCACAGAGGCCCUCGUUACCCCUGUGAGCUCCAGCCCAAUCAGUCCCAGUCCUGAAAGCCCCAGUCCUGUGCAGGAGCUGCUGGAAGAUGACAGCAGCAUCAACCUGUCUGCUGACAUUUCCAUGGACUCGGGUAGAGCAGGAACUGCCUCGCCCUCUCAAGACUCCGAAGAGGUUGAGAUUGUGGCGCCACCUGGAGGAAGCACAGAAGAUGUGUCAUGUGAUCUGACCACAGAUGGCAAAUUAGAUGUGGAAUGCAAGGUGAAUGGACAUCGGGCCGAGACUGAUGAUGUCUUUCUACAGCCAGGAGACAAAGCUGAUUUUGAGAAGUGGACUGAAGAAGCCUCUUCGGCUACUGAAAAGCACAAAGUUAUGAAAGAUGAGUGCACUUCCACCGUAGAUGUUACACAGGAAGAAACUCUUCAGGAUCCUGCCUCGUCACGUACACAUGCAGUCACAUACACUCAGCAAGCAGAGCCGCAGGCGCCUCCUAGGCCUGGCCCUGCGGCAGCCUCAGGGCAAGCAGCACAGGAUGCUUCCCCCACUGUUUUCAGUCUGAGUCACACACAUGCACAGAUUCAGACAGAGACAUGGUGCACUUCUACUGAGCUUAAGCCCAAGUCCAGCCCAAAAGAGCUGACCUCUGCAGUGCCUUUAGCCUCAUCUAGCUUAAAGCGGGACAUGGCUACUUCUACAGAAGAACUCCAUACGCAAGAGGUUCACAGCCCUGAGACACAGUCAUCCAUGCACACUCAUGCCCCUGAGAGCCAUAGUUCCAUACAAACUCAAGUCUCUGAAAGACAGACACCCACACAUUCCCAGACCUUGGAGGGUAAUCUGUCCUCACCGAUUCCCUCAGCCACUACUGCAGGAAACCUGCAAUACAUUACAGAGUCUGAGCCUAAACCCAAACCUUCCAAUGAGCUCACUCGCAACUACAUCCCCAAAGUGGGCAUGACCACCUACACCAUCGUGCCUCAGCGGUCCCUGGACAAGCUGCGCUUCUUCGAGGUGGAGCUGACUCUCGAGUCCCCCAGCAAGACUGAAGCUCAAGAGGUGAGCACUGAAGGUACCGAAAGGUUGGAUGAUCCACCUAGGAUCACAUCCCAUGCCACAGCACCCCCCCAGUCCACAAACGGCCUCGCUGCUCCACUCAGUUCUAGCAGCAGUGAACUGUCCCACUCCAUUCCCUCAUCUCCAGCAUCGCCUGAGGCUGAUGGCUCUGCUUUCACUGCAGAUCAAGAAGGCCAUGAGGUUAAGGAGAAGAAAGUUCCACCUGCAACAAGGCCCAAACCAGCUUCUUUCCGCUUACCACAGCACAAAAGAACACCUGGGAGUUAUGUAAGCUCAGCAGCAGUGAGGAGCUUGAGUGUGAGUGACAGCGGCAGCAGCAGCACUGCCGGAGGGAGCCAUUGGGAGGCCCUAGGCAGUCUGUGGAGAGACAGUUACCCUGGGGUAACGCAGAACUUCCCCCCUUCUCCACCACCAGCCCAAUGGGAAAACGAAAAAGAGACUGUAGAGGUGCAGCAAGCCUCUUUAUCGCAGACUCCACUAAAACAGGAAGAGCCACAGAAACCCAUUGCAGCAUUCUUUCCGAAGGAGUCUGAAGUAUCUGGAGAGACAAGACAUUCCCAGCUUCCUUGCCAGAUGAGUCAGCCAACUGCUGGUCUGUCCCUGGAGAAGCUGCGAAGCUUUGCAGCACCCAAACCGUACUCCCCCACCACACAAUCCCGCUUUGCCCAGGCUGUCUCUUCCGCAGUCAAAAGAGCCCAAUCACUGAGCACCAGUCCUGUGGGGCAGGAGUAUGGCCGCAAGGUGCCCCUAGCACUGACCAAACGCAGUACAUUUGGAGGGUCGCUUGACUUGCCUGAGUCACCAACUUCUCCAGAUCUGGACAGUGAGUAUGGACAGAGGAAGGCCGUCAGUGAGACUUGGACUCCUCCAGAAGGAUGCAGUGACCCAGCACAGGGGUCUCCUCAUACUGAAGCCCCUCAUACUGAGGGGACACUGAAGAAUGGAACAACUGAUCUCUCAUCAGGAUGUGUGAUGUCUCCUGUGACGGGUCCUGCUCCAAGUUUGCAAGAUGCAGCACAAUGUCAGGAGGAAUAAAGCCUCUCUUCACAUUCUUAGCUUUAGCUUUGAUCCCACUGUGCCUUAGUGAGCACUUUUAAGCGUAGUGCCUCUGCAUCCUGUUCUUCGGUUUCUCCAGCCAUCCCACUCGUUUCCCCUUUUCUGUCUACACCGAGGACACUGCAGCUCAAUGUCGGUAAACCAGGGCAGUCAUAGUGCUGGAAGGCAGCAACUCAUUCUGGGUUCUAAUGUUCCUGAUCUGGUUUAACUCAUCAGGGGUGAAUGAUCUGUUUAUAAGUUGGAACAGGUGGGUUAGAGCACAGAGGAAACUGAACUGUGCACUGCUUCAGCCUUCGAGGACUGGACAUACCCAUCCAAACUAUAAACUCAGAAACUGCUCUCUGGACUGUUUUCUAUUUUCUGUCUGAGAAUGAGUGCGAAUGUAGAGUCAGCUUUUGCUUCUCAUGUUUCAUUGAUUAUGAAGACUGACUUUAAAAUCAACUCUCUUAUUUGGAAAUAUUUAAUGCAGUAUAUUGUGGUGAUAUUGGAAAAAAAACAGAACACAAGGCGCACCUGAGGGAAGUAAAUCACUGAGGUUUAAACCUCUGUCCUAACUUAUUAUGCAAGAGACUUGCUUGGUCUGUAAUUGUUCGGAGACCUAUUGGAAUAUGUUGUGUUUAUUUUAUUCUCAAAUUUAUUAUAUUAAAAUCUUUAUGAAUUAUCAGGUGUCAAAACAUGCAUAUUGAUUCUGAACCUUGUUUAAGUUGUUUUAUAUGAUUUAUUUUUCAUUAAUUAUGAAUAUGUUCAGUUUUAUGAAAGAUCAUUUGUUUUAUUUGAGUUUGUUUGAUGUUUUUCUUUAACUUAUUAGGUGUAGGGCAUAGAAUACUGUUAUCAACGAACGUGGAAAGGGUACUUACACCAAAAUGGUGUCACCGUUUACCCAUGUGCAUGUAUACUGAACAAAUACUUUUGUGCUGGUAAACACAACUAGUACACAUGACGACGUAAUUGUAAAUGACAUAAAAGACAGUAAAGUAAGCAGUAUGUAAUAAUGUGCACCUACACAUAGAUUAUAAUGCAUUACACCUGUGGGUGUUUCAUUUGUGUAGCAAAUGGAUAAGAAAGAAGGUAGCCAAAAAAAACAUUGAGUUACAUCAUUUCAACAAAACUGAAAGACAAAAAGAAAGACACUGGGCUGCUCAUGCUUGAUUUGAAGACAAUACUGCUGUAAUAUCUGAAAUUCUUUCCAGUCUGUGCAUUAAAAUGUAACAUAUGAGUCA